AUGACCACCGCCAACAUGGCAUCACCACUGCCACCAAAGUUGAGCGCUAAGCUUCGCGAGAGUCAGAGAGAGCUGCUGCGCGAAGAAUACCCCUACCUCAGCCAGACCGCACUCGACCAGAUCCUCAACGACUCAAUGGCUGUUGUGCAUAAUGGUAUUGCUAAGCAAUCGCCAUCAAUGGCAGCAUCGAAGGCACGAUCCAACUUCUUCACACUCCCGGCUGAGCUGCGAAACACAAUCUACGAGCUAGCUCUAGCGCCACAGCUAGGCGACAACUGGAUUGCCCGCGAGAUGGACAGAUCUUUCGGGAUCAUGCGGUGUGACCCUAAUGGCAAAAAACCGGGCAGAUUCCCCCCACUACUUAGCGCAUCACAACAGGUCCGAGAGGAGGCACUGUCAGUGUAUUGGGACUUGAACACUACCGCCCUGCAGCUAGAAGCUGUCUACGACUUUCCCCCGGACGGAGGUGUGCACAUUGUUAAUGUGGAAAUCAAGUAUGAAGACAAGAUCCGGCUGCUUGAGCUGCUCGGUCCAAAGCAGUGCGCUUUGAUGGGAAGAGUGGUACUGCUAUAUGUGAAAGACGGGUCUGGGAUCUCGAUGCCCUUCACAGCUAAUCAGAUCUUCCUCAAGCUGCAGCUAGCUAGACUUGGUCUUCGGGAGGAGGCCGUGGUUCUCGAGCAGCGAGAUUCGUGGUGGGAAUAG